AUGGGUGCAAAUGGAUCGUCGCAGUUGGAGAAAGAGAUCAGCACGACUGAUUCUGUCAACACUACCAAUGAACACUAUUACGGGCUAGUCAAUUUUGGGAACACUUGUUACUGCAAUUCGGUUAUUCAAGCAUUGUUCUUCUGUCGGCCGUUUCGUGAGAGAAUUCUGAAUUAUAAGCAAACGUUGAAGAAAUCCAGCGCAUCAAAAGACAAUUUAGUAACAUGCCUCGCAGAUCUCUUCCACAAUAUAGCAAAUCAGAAGCGAAGAGUAGGAACAAUUGCCCCAAAGAGAUUCAUCACAAAAUUAAAGAAAGAAAAUGAUUCAGAACUCUUCGACAAUUAUAUGCAACAAGAUGCUCACGAGUUCUUCAAUUAUCUACUCAACACAAUAUCAGAAACACUUAUAACGGAGAAAAAGGCUGAACGGGAGAAAACUUUAAGACAUGGAACAAUUAAAAAAGGAAAUGUGACUGUGAAUAUGGCACCAGCUACUGCUGGACUCCAAAGAGAUGAUAAAACAGGAGAGCGGAACGGAAUAACUGUUGAAGGAAACGAUUUCCGAAACUCGACGGAAACGACGUGGAUACAUGAGAUUUUUCAAGGAAUUUUGACGAACGAAACACGGUGUUUGAGCUGUGAAACAGUUUCCAGCAAAGACGAAAACUUCUUGGAUUUAUCGAUUGAUGUAGAGCAGAACACUUCAAUUACUCAUUGUCUCCGGGUAUUCAGUGAAACUGAAACACUUUGUGGAGAUCAGAAGUAUUUUUGUGAAACGUGCUCCUCAAAACAAGAAGCUCAGAAGCGAAUGAGAAUCAAAAAGCCUCCACAACUACUAGCUCUUCAUUUGAAACGAUUCAAAUACGUGGACUCUCUCAAUCGACACACAAAACUUUCCUAUCGAGUAGUGUUCCCGCUAGAACUACGACUUUUCAACGUGAGCGAUGAUGCUGAACACGGUGAUCGAAUGUACGAUCUCGUUGCAACAGUAGUCCACUGUGGCGCUACUCCAAAUCGUGGACAUUACAUAACUUUGGUAAAGAGUAACUCGUUUUGGUUAGUAUUCGAUGACGAUAUUGUGGAAAAGCUUGAUGUGUCAUCAAUGGAAGAAUUCUCUGGCAUGUCGACUGAUGCAAACAUUCAGAUGCCACCUGGAAAUCAGUCAGCUCCACAGAAAAACUCCGAGUCAGCAUACAUUCUAUUUUAUCAAGCUCGUAACUACGCAGCUGAUAAUCCAGACCAUAACCAUAAAAGUAAGAAUAGUACACAUUCAGUUUAG